AUGUUCCAGCUGGAGGUCAUGCUGCCCUUACUGAUUCUUGCCUUCUUGGGGACCCCUGCCAUUUUGGCACAAAGUUAUCAUGGUAACGAAAUUGGAAAACAUUCCUGCAUUAGUGCACCCGAAGGAAAAAAUGUAACAGCAAUUCGGAUAUUUAUUAGAAGUAACGUGAUUGUAAGAAUUCAGCUUAAAUUUGGCGAAGAAUGGGGUAAAGAAUAUGGCGCUCCUGGAGGGAGAGAGUUGGAAUUCAAGCUGAAUGAUGACGAGAAAGUCAUGGGGAUUUACACCACAUCGUCUACAUUUGUAAAUCAAAUAAUCUUUAUUACUGACCAGCCUCGGGAGGUAAUGGCUGGGAGCUUCAGGGGCAGAGACAGUCACUCUAGCUACCCUGAAAAGCCCACCUAUAUGUUCAGGGGCGUUUGUGUCUAUUACGGGCCAGGCGGGAUAAGGGGCAUUAAGUUUUUGUGGGGAACUGAAAACAGUUCAUGUUCAUGGUAAGGCGUGUGGCCACACAGACAAGCGGUGUGUGUCAGGUACUUCCGAACUGAACCCACUAA